UUUCAUAAUUUCUUUCAUUCUUUUCUUCCUUUUGGCACUACACCAACUCUUUCAUCAUAAAUUGGAAAAACCACUAUAUUUUCCUAUAUACUAGGAAAAACAAAACUAAAGAUUGAAAGAUGAACACAUUUGGUUCAGAACUUGGAAGUAGUGGGUGUGAGUCUGGUUGGACUCUAUACCUGGAGCAAUCUUUCCUUAACCAGAAUGCUUCUUCACAUCAGGGUGGAACUGAGGGGUUCUUUGAAGAGGAACACAAGGACAAAAGAUUCAAAGGUGAAGAUUCUGGGGAGGAGGAUUUGUCCAUGCUUUCUGAUGCUUCUUCUGGACCUCCUCUUUUUCCACACUACGACUCUUACUUCAAAGAAGAUGUCAAUGGUUGCUUCUAUUCAGCUUCCAAGGCAGUCAAGCUGGCCAAGAGUGGUAAAAAGAAGCAGAAAGUUAAGGAAAAUCAACACCUUGAGGAUCAACAUCUCACUUUUCUUCAUGACACUGCUAGCUCUCCUGUCUUUGACUUUUCCACUGACAAUGUUACAAGGGGCAACCAACAAACAUCUGUAGGGAGUGUGGUUGAUUAUUCACAAGGUUUUUCUGCAACUUAUUUUAUGGGAAGAUCGUCAUUCCAAGAAGAACACUUCGGUUUCCUACAAUCAGAAAAUGAAGUUGAAGGCAGCAAAUGGUAUGGAGGGAAAAGAAUGGGAAUAAGGUGAAUACAUACAUAUAUAUAUAUAUAUAUAUAUAUAUAUAUAUAUAUAUAUAUAUAUAUAUAUGUCGGUUCUGCUAAUGGCUGUCUCUGCAAUGGAUGGAGAAUCGCGGUGUUGAAAGGGACCCUGUACCUUUCUCUUAUUUUUUCCUUUUGUAGCCGUUAAUGUAGUGGGAAACAUGAAAAGACAUGUUUGAUUUAUUUUUUGUUUGCUUUUUAGCUUUAUAAAUCUUAUUUUGUUGUGAAUGAAUGAUGAUUACAUUUGCAAGGCAGGCUGUUCAUAUAUGUG